CUGUGCUGUAUAGACAUAACCGUAAACAUAAUCAUUUUCUUAGGUCACGGAUUUCAUUUUCCUUUGAAGCAUAAUAUAUUUGAUGACAAUUAUGGUAGUACUGUAUGAGACGUUUAGUAAGCUGACUUUAUCUUCUUUGGAGUUCUUAAUUAAACUUCACUUUGCAAAGCUAUUUCCACCAGCUCGCUAGACGUGAUAGUCAAGCUUAACUCUAGCUGACUACGAUAUACAUUUUACGUUGUUUUUUGUUUUGUUUGUUUGCUGCGCUAAAGGAAAGUCGAACCGCUUACACUGCUUGAUCAUACAGCUGAAGAAAUAAAUAACUGAAAACAUGGCAAAAUGGGAGUUCACAAUGGACCCGGUGCAGGAGUGGGGAGAGGAGGUGGAAGACAGUGCCAUUUAUGGGGUCACUCUUCACCGAGAACCCAUCCAGCCUCCACCUGAUGCCGCUGAGAGCUCUUCUGCCUUCAGCUUCAUGCAGUAUCGCACACUGAAGGUCCGCAGGCUUAAAGCAGCCAGUCUGGAGCGUCUUGUCACAGAAUUGGUGAACCCGGAGUGCCCUGACCCAGACUACAUGCAAAUCUUUCUCUCCACCUACAGAGCCUUUACCUGCACAAAUGCUCUCAUAGAGCUCCUGUUUCAAAGAGAGGACCUCGUCACCAAUCUGGACAACAGUGUCUGUUUAAGGAGUUCUCUGCCCUGUCUGAUCCGGCUGUGGUUAGACGAGUAUCAAGAAGACCUUCGGGACUCUCCAGAUCACCAGGCUCUUCGGCUGCUCUGUGUUCAUCUGCGUCAUCGCCUUUGUUUCAGACGUCUGGUUCAUCAAGCCGAUGCUCUUCUCAGAAAAUUUCAGACUGAAGGUACAUCAGCAGAAGCCAGCACAGCUGCUGUAGAGAAUCAGGAAACUGAGGACACCGAGGACAGACAGGACAUAGAAGAGACGAGGGAUGUACUGGGCUUCCCUGCACAAGACAUUGCUGAGCAGCUCACGCUAUUAGAUGCUGACCUCUUUGUCAAAGUGGUUCCAUUUCACUGCCUCGGCUGUAUUUGGUCCCAAAGGGACAAGAAAGAGAAUCGUAAUCUUGCACCCACGGUUCGUGCCACCAUUGGCCAGUUUAAUGCCGUCACUAACUGUGUUAUCAGCUCUCUGCUGUGCCCUCCUUCCACAUCCCCUCACAGUUCCCCAUCCUGCACCCGCAGUGGCCCUACACACAGGGCAAAGGUUAUUGAGAAGUGGAUCUCUGUAGCUCAGGAGUGCCAUCAGUUGAGAAACUUCUCCUCUCUGAGAGCCAUCUUGUCUGCUCUUCAGUCCAAUGCCGUUUACCGGCUGAAGAAAACCUGGGCAGCAGUCAGCAGGGAGAGUAUGGCUGCCUUCGAUCUCCUGUGCGACACAUUUCCUGAUGAGAACUGUGUGCUGGUCAAUCGAGAGAUCCUUGUAGAAGAAGGAAACCAGGCAGCAGAUGUAGACACUCACACCGCUUCUAAGUCUCCCAGACUCAGUCCUACAUCCAAGCACGUGACCCCCUCCAGUGGUGAGGUGCCGUACCUGGGCACUUAUCUGACCGUUCUCACCAUGUUGGACACAGCACUAAGUGAUAAUGUAGAGGGCGGUCUCAUCAACUUUGAGAAGCGCAGAAAAGAGUUUGAGAUUCUGUCUCAGAUCAGGCAGAUGCAAGCGUCAUGUGCUCAGUACAAUCUCCAAUCACAUCCUCGCAUCAUUUCCUGGAUCAGCAGCAGCAUACCUCUGUCUGAUCAGAAGAGCUAUGAGUUGUCAAGAGAUCUGGAGCCACCAGUUGACCCUUGUCCCAGCUCUCCCAACCCCUGGAGCCACCGGCUCAUCACCAAGAAACUGACCUCAUUGCUGUCUGGCAGUGAGAACGUCUCAAAGAAGACUUUUGCUGAUCAGAUCAGUGUAUCAUCCUCUGGCUCCAGUGGCUCAGAGAUGGAAGAUCUCAGCAGCCCCAACCUCUCACCACUUAGAUACAAAGUACAGUCACCAUCUGUAUCGUGUCAGGACACCUCAGUAGACACGCCCACCUCCUCCCUGACUCCGCCCAGCUCUUUUCAAAGCUGCGUACAGCCGGAUCUGUCUGCCCUGAACCCCGACAGCCCCUCCCCUUCUUCAUCUGCAUCAUCUUCAUCAUCCUCUCCUUCUCUCAAACAUCCCAUGUACAACAAGCAGGUUGCUGAUUCUUGUAUCGUCAGAGUCAGUGUGGAACUUGGCAACAACGGAAACGUUUAUAAAAGUAUUUUGAGUUGCUGAUCCCAGACAAAGCCAACGUGUUCUAUGCCAUGUGUACCACUGCCAACUUUGACUUUGUGCUUCGCCAGCGGCACAAAAAUCUCUGCAGAGCUCCUGGAUCAUCCU